GGUAUAUGCGCUCGCAGAUGUCAUGUGAAACCCCGCGUGCUGGCCUUACCGCACAACUGAAGAGUCCGAGCACCGCUUCACGCACCUCUGGAAUGGUUUUGCACAGUAGUCUCCCGCUUUGACGAGACCAAACUUCAACACCGAGGAUUUUGUUUUUUUUACUCUGGUUUGUGUUUGUUACUUCAUGACUGAAGCGUUCGGGAGCGAGUCGCCACCACUAUGCGAGCCCAAAUUGAAGUCAUACCAUGCAAAAUCUGUGGAGACAAGUCAUCAGGCAUCCACUAUGGAGUCAUCACAUGUGAAGGCUGUAAGGGUUUCUUCAGGCGCAGUCAACAGAACAAUGCGUCCUACUCUUGUCCCCGUCAGCGCAACUGCCUGAUCGACCGAACAAAUCGCAACCGCUGCCAGCACUGUCGGCUCCAAAAGUGCCUGGCUCUGGGCAUGUCCCGGGAUGCUGUUAAGUUUGGCCGCAUGUCCAAGAAGCAGAGGGACUCUUUGUACGCAGAGGUUCAGAAACACCAGCAGAGGCUGCAGGAGCAGCGGCAGCAACAGACGGGCGAAGCGGAGGCCCUCGCCCGUGUUUACUCCUCCAGCCUCACCAAUGGCCUCAGCACCCUCAACCACGAGAUUGGGGGGACGUACGCCAACGGUCACGUCAUAGACAUGCCCAAGGGUCAGCCGAACGGCGCUCCCGGUGGCUACUACGGCAUGGAUUCCACGCAGGCCAGCCCGGAUCAGUCAGGACUGGACAUGACUGGAUUGAAGCAGAUCAAACAGGAACCCAUUUACGAUCUCACCCCUGUUUCCAACCUUUUCACCUACGGCUCCUAUCAAGACAGCCAACUAGCACCUGGAGUGUCUAUGGGGGAAUUAGACCGAAUUGCACAGAACAUCAUAAAGUCCCACCUGGAGACGUGUCAGUACACAGCGGAGGAGCUUCAGCAGCUAGCCUGGCAGACGCACUCCUAUGAAGAGGUCAAGAUGUACCAAAGCAAGACACGGGACGUGCUGUGGCAGCAGUGUGCUUUACAGAUAACUCAUGCCAUUCAGUAUGUGGUAGAGUUUGCAAAGCGCAUCACUGGCUUCAUGGAGCUUUGCCAGAAUGACCAGAUAUUACUACUCAAAUCAGGUUGUCUGGAAGUAGUGCUGGUCAGAAUGUGCCGGGCAUUCAACCCGCUCAACAACACGGUUCUGUUUGAGGGGAAAUAUGGAGGCAUGCAGAUAUUUAAAGCUCUAGGCUGUGACGACCUGGUCAGUGCAGUGUUUGACUUUGCCAAGAGUCUGUGUUCACUGCAGUUAACGGAAGAGGAGAUCGCCCUGUUUACUGCUGCAGUGCUAAUUUCUACAGACCGGCCGUGGUUAAUGGAGCCCAGGAAAGUGCAGAAGCUACAAGAGAAAAUCUACUUUGCCCUGCAGCACAUCAUGCAAAAGAACCAUCUGGACGAGGACGUGCUGGCCAAGCUGAUUAGCCGGAUCCCCACGCUGUCGGCUCUGUGCACUCUCCACACAGAGGAGCUUCAGGCCUUCCAGCAGCUCCACCCAGAGACAGUUAACAUGCUGUUUCCCCCCCUCUAUAAGGAGCUUUUCAAUCCCGAUGCCGCUGGCAUCAUGCCCAAAUGACCGCACACGUUCACACGCACACUUCGCAUACUCGUUCAUUCAAUAACCGGAGGUGUUGCAGAGGAUGAGCACUGUGUCGCAAGCAUCCGCAGAUUUUGCCGCCACAACAAACAAAAAAACUCGAGGAAUGUCCUGCACUUCAAAAAUCCAAUUCAAUUUCACCGGUACAGUCAUAAGAAUGUAUAUAUGCGCCAGCAGCAAAAGGCGCCUUCCGUUUGACCAGAAAUGUACAGACUUUAGGACAAUUUAAGCCGUCUUUAAAUUGGGUAAGUUAAUUUGUUUGUUUGACUUUUCUCGCUCUCUCUCUUUUUUUUCUCUUUUCUUUUUACAAAAUAUUGUUAUAUUGAAAUGAGAAGGUGGGGAGUGCAUUCAAAAUGAUAAUGUAGUCUUUCUCUAGUACAAAGCGGUAUUCCAGUAUUAAAUCUUGUUCUGUUAAUAUUUUAGUCAUAAUUUAAAAACAACAGUGGUCUGAAAGGCCCGUACCUUGUCUAUGUAAUUUUUCGUAUUUGUUUUGUAGUUUUACCUGUACAGAAUAUGUGAAGUUGAAACUGGUAUAAGGUUAACGGGGGACUAAAUUAGUUUGGCCACGUUUAAAAGCCUUGUCUGGGCUCUGUAGAUAUGUAUAAAUGGCACCACAACAUUAAUCCUACAACUAAGGAUUUUUGAAGUGGAAAAAUAAUUGAUAAUGGAUACUUUUCCAUACAAAAGUAUAGAGAUAUAUAUUUUACAAAAAAAUUGUAUGGCUGAUUACCAUCUUGUCAGUCAUAGUUGCAAUAACAGUUGCUGUAACUGCUGAAAAACAAUCCGGUCAAAUGUGACUUUAUGGAAAGCCCUCAGAACUGCUUCAAAAUUCUGUUUUUACUGCCACACUGCCAAAACUAAUAUAGCACUAGUGUAGUUGAGCUGCAGCCGUCUGUCUGGGAAGACAUAAAUCACUAGUACAUGAUCAUUUACUGCCACUGAUAAGAAGUCAAACUCAACUCUUUUCUGCCACAUUCAUAGACUAUUCUCUGACUUUAGCAAUAAUGUCUAUUAUGUCAUUACAUGCCUAGGUCAGGCUGGGUCUGUGGUAUUCUUAACCUUAUGCUAAAUGUAAAGCACUCAUCCUUAUUUUCAACAUCAAUUCAUUAAUGUUGUCUGUGUUUCUGGCAAAGCAUAAUUCAAGAUAAAAAUCAGUCAAUACCAAAAAUGACGUUUUUCAAAGAAAACAGUCAUGGAAUUUAAGCGAUCAAUUGGAACAUUGACUUGUUUAAAAAAAUAUAUAUUUCAGACAUUCCAUUGGAUUUUUUAAAUCAUGUUUUGGAACUAAUCCUGAAAGAUCACAAUCAAAUCGUAAUUCCUAUAUAAAUUAAAUUCCUAGUGAAUAAACGGAAAUUUCUAUUUUUUAUGUUCUUAUUUAUGUAUUUAUUUUAUUUAUUUAUAAACUUUUUCAACACAAAGUGCUACAUUUACAAAAUAAAAAAGGAAUAUCGUUCUGAUUAGGUGAUUGUCUUGGAGUUUAUCUGGUUACGAAACAAUUUUAGCAAAGCAGGUUUAAAUACGACAUUCUUAGACAGUCAUUCUUAAACAACCACUUAGAAGUUUCCUGUAACUCAAUAUUGCUGAGCAUCCUUAACUUGCUGUAGUCCACUGUUUGUAAAAAUCUUAAUGCAAUUGGGAAAUGACAAUCAUCUUGACUACUCAUAUUGCAGUAUAGAACAACAAAAUGCAGCUACAGUAGGAAGACUAGUAGUUCUACGAGGGCAGUUUGGGUUUGGACCCUUUCGGUCCAAGGUAAAUCUUGUAAAGUAGCACCUCAUACCACCAGGUGGAGACACUGGGAGCGCUUUUCCCUCUUCUCUUGACCUGUACUCACAGGAUGUAAAGCCAUGUCAGUUUCUUAUGAAGGAAAGAACACAAACACUCAAGCUAGGAGUUGACAUGCGGUUAUACCGAUCAGUGAAUUUUUAGUACGUCUUGAUGCAUUUAUAUUUUGAAAUGCACUUGAAAGCACUUAACAAUGAAGGAUUAAUAACUACAGAUGGUAUUGGUAUUUAAUACAUGCACAAAUGUAGUCUGCUGAGAAGCAAUCAUGCCACCUGUUCAAGUCCUCCUACUGAACCAAACGCUCUCAGCCCAAUUUUAGGGAUUUUUUCCAAUUCCUUCAGUGUCAGUUUCCUGUUCAAGACAAUCAUUUCUGGGUGCAGUUUUUUCCUGGCACCCAUCUCAGGGACUUCUCUUUUAAUGUUUUCAAUAGAAAGAGAGUACAAUUUUAAAAAAAUAUGGACAUUUUUAGGGAAUAAAAUACAAUCACAGCGGUUUCUUCACAUACAAAACCAACCCAGACAAGGCUUUGGUGUGUGUGUGUGUGUGUGUGUGUGUAUAAAGCGUAUAUCCAUCGUUGAGAGGUGAAACAAGCUCGACUGCAGAACAGGCCUCGCUGCACUGCAUCGCUUGUUGCAGCAAACAGCUCUCUCUCUCUCUCUGUAAAUAUCAAUGUGCAGCAGUGUACUAGCAACGGUGCCUGUGCUCCAAAUUAAAACAUUGUAAUUAUUAAGCAUCUCCUGAAAUGAAAUGGAUUUUAUGUAAGUUAAGACUAUUUAUACAGAGCAUGAAUAAGCUGCUCUCUAUCUAUUUCUAUGCUCAUUACAGAAAAUGGAUUCAGUCAGAAAUCAUUUUAAACUUAUGAUGAAGGCUUUUUUUUUUGUAUUAGACUGUGAAUUGAGGGCGAGAGGAAUUUGUAUCUAUAUGAGAACACUGUUAGGUACUGUAGCAAUAACUGGAAGCAUUUACUACAGUCAUCUUUGCAUUCUAAGAUUAUUUUAAUUUUAUUAUAAUUCUAUUAUUAUUAGCCUAUUGUUCAGUUAUUCUUGCAUGCCGGUUCAUAAUAAUGAAACCUUUGGGCUUUUGUGUUUUUUAUGUGUUGAUGAUGAAGGGUGGGCAAUGGGGAGGGCGUGGAGUUGGGCUCGGGCUCGUUUUAUUCUGAAUGUUUCUGGGUUGGUGUUGACGGAACACAACACACCCUGUUCAUUCUGUUCGCGGACACAGACAUAAGCACAAAGUAUUUCUUAAUGUGAAGGAAUAAAAUAAUACAAAGGCAUUGAAGGUCAAAACAUACUUUAUGCAAGUGCGUGAACGCGGACGCAAGCUUGUUGCGCACGAGGCGUUAUGGUGGGAAUUUUUCUUUGAGGACAAAUUCUGUUAUGUGGGACAGUUAGUUAACCGUUAGUUAACGUCUGUUUAUUACAACUUAACCUGAAUAAUAACAUCUGGGUUUCUGUCAGAGACAUCUGAAUGUCAACGCAAGAGCUCACGUUGGCAGUGCGUCGAUUAAGUGCUUGCGUCUGCGCAUGCGUACUUUGAGUAUGUUUCGACCCUUACAAAUGUGACCCUGGACCACAAAACCAGCCAUAAGGGUCUUA